GUUCUUAUUGGGAAUCUCACUCUCACACCGCGAAUCUUUGACAUUUAAAUAUUUUGCACUUGAAUUAAACGCUGGGAGGUCUGCGAAACGUAUACAUCUUAUACAUACGCCAAUCAGCUGCUACUGAAGUAAUGCUUUUAUAACGCUCAAAAAAAAAGCCUGUUUGCCGUUCAUAACAUGCGUUAUUAUUGGCCGCUGCCUGUGUCAUAAAAAAUCCUGCAGAGCUAUUUCUAGUCAACCUGAACGUUUGCUAAUUGUCUCAAGUGAUGGCCACAUCGGACUUUGUACUUGGCGGCUUUGCCUCUGUGGGGGCCACACUUUUUACGAAUCCCAUAGAGGUUAUUAAAACGCGCAUACAGUUGCAGGGAGAACUGGCGGCAAGAGGUUCCUACGUUAAACCCUACAAAGGCAUAUUGCAGGCGUUCAUCACUGUGGCCAAGAACGAUGGGAUUGUUGGUUUGCAAAAAGGCUUAGUCCCCGCGCUUUACUUUCAGUUCAUUAUCAACUCCUUCAGGUUGAGCAUUUACACAACGGCUGUGGACAGACAUUGGAUGCAUAAAAAGAAUGGCGAUAUUUCCUUUGGACUUGGCUUGAUGUGGGGCGCCAUUGGCGGUGUUGUGGGAUCCUAUUUUUCUAGUCCAUUUUUCAUGAUUAAGACACAGCUACAAUCGCAGGCUGUAAACCAAAUCGCUGUUGGCUAUCAACAUGGUCACACAUCUUUUCGGAGUGCGAUGAGGGAGACCUAUAAGAAAGGCGGCAUCAUUGGUCUAUGGCGGGGAUCACUUUCUGCCCUGCCUCGAGCUGCUGUGGGUUCGGGUGCCCAGAUUGCCACAUUUGGCAAAACGAAGGCACUGUUGAUUGAAUAUGAUGUGGUUACCCAUCCGACAUACAAUUCCUUUUGUGCUGGUCUUAUUGCCGGAUCGAUUAUGUCAGUGGCCAUUACGCCUCCAGAUGUAAUUAGCACACGUCUCUACAAUCAGGGGCUAGAUGCACAGGGUCGUGGACUUUACUAUAAAGGCUGGAUAGAUUGUUUCUUAAAGAUUUUAAAAACAGAGGGCAUAUAUGGUAUGUACAAAGGCUUUUGGGCGAAUUACCUACGAAUCGCACCUCACUCUACAUUAGUUUUGUUGUUCUUUGAUGAACUGAUCGCCAUUCGCAAGAAAUACAAUCUUCCCAUCUAGAUCUAGUCAUAGAGCUUAAUGUACUAGUCUUUGUUAAACGUCGAGUACAAAAAUGUAUAAUUGUUAAGUUGUUUACCAAAGUACCUUCUUCCAAUUUCCUUUGAAAAUCUGAGGCUCUAAUGGCAGCUUGAAUAAAUGUGCCUUUUUUUUUUAGUAAUAAUAAUAGAAUACCCGUAGUAAGUAAUUUUAACUGUGCAAUACUUCGUUAAAUAAAACUCGUUAUUUUUGUUAUUACUUUUUAAGUUUCUCAUACAUAAA